AUGGAGGAUAAAACAUGGAAAGUUAUAGGUUUUAUUGAAGAUCAUACAAACCACAUGCUCAGUAGUCCAGAUAAAGCAAAGAUGCACAGGUCACAUCAACAAUUUCAUAGAAGUAAAAGGUGUAAAAAAAUGAUUCAAUGUUUGCAAGAAGAUAUUCCUCCUUCCACUAUUUCUCAUGUUAUUAACACGACAAGUGGAAGAGAAGAUAAAUCAGUGGCACCACAACAGUGCAUUGACUAUAUGAAAACUCAAAGGCACAAUAAUAUUGGUAAUGAAUGUAUAUCUGUUAUCCAAUAUUUUCAAAGAAAGGCAGCUAAUGAUGCAGAUUUUUAUUUUGCAUUGGAAGUAGAUUCUGAUGAACAAGAAGAAACAUUUGUUUGGUUAUUUCAGGAAUGGUUAAACUGCAUGCAUGGAAUUGAACCAGGUGCUAUCAUCACAGACCAAGACCGAGCAAUGUGUAAUGCCAUUCAUAAAGUCUUUCCAAACACAAGGCAUCGUUAUUGUUAUUGGCAUCUACAGCGACAUAUUGCCGAUCAUUUGCAUACUUUGAAUUCUGUUUAUGGUGAAGAAUUUCAAAAAUAUUGGGACUUGUGGUGUAAUAGUGGUAACAUUGAGAACUUUAAUUUGCAUUGGCUCGAGAUGAAAGAGAAGUUUAAGAUAAUAGAAGAAGAAGAUGGAUGGCUGCAAACUAUGUACAUGUAUCGAGACCAUUGGGUGUCAUGCUUCUUAAAAGGAAUUUUUUUUGCAGGAAUGAGAUCAACUCAAAGGAGUGAAAGCAUCAACUCAUUCUUUGAUGGAUAUGUGAAUUCACAAACACAGUUAAAAGAAUUUGUAACUCAAUAUGAAACGGCUGUGAUACAUCGACGAUUGAGUAAAGCACAUGAAGAUUUUAGAACUCUUAAUACAAAACCGCAGUUUCACCUUGGGCAUCCAAUUGAAAGACAAGCUGGAAGUAGUUAUACCCGCACUAUGUUUCAUGUAUUUCAGAAUGAGAUCAAAGGGUGUGGUGUUCUUGGCCUUCAAGAGGUGACUAAAGAAGAAAAGUUUGUUUUAUGGCGAGUUGGUGACUUAGAUGAAAGCAAUGAAAAGUGGAGGUUUGUUACUUAUGAUGAAUGUAGAGAAUUACAGUAUAGUUGCAGUUGUGAUGCGGCCUCCCUAGCCGGUGAAAUCGUGCCCUCCCUACUCGUGCUCUCCUCUUUUCAAGAAUGGAGGAGAUAA